AUGAAGGAGAAUAAAGAAAAUCCCAGCCCUUCAGUAAUUUUGGCAAUGCUCGGCCACAGAAAACCAUGCUGGUACUGGGAUAAAGAAGACUUGACUCAUACACCUUCACAGUUAGAAGGCCUGGAUCCAACUACUGAAGCCCAAUACCGCCAAGAGGGUGCCAGGUUCAUCUUUGAUGUAGAAGCACGUUUGGGACUGCCCUAUGGUACCGUGGCUACUGGAAUAGUUUAUUUUCAUCGUUUCUACAUGUUUCACUCAUUUAAACAGUUCCAAAGAUAUGUGACAGGAGUUUGUGGUCUCUUUUUGGCAGGGAAAGUAGAAGAAACUCAAAAAUGUAAAGAUAUUCUCAAAACAGCUUUUAGCUUAUUAAGUGAUGUACAGUUUGGUCAAUUUGGAGAUGACCCAAAGGAAGAAGUUAUGGCUCUGGAGAGGCUCUUAUUACAGACCAUAAAAUUUGAUUUUCAAGUGGAACAUCCCUACCAGUUUCUCCUCAAGUAUGCCAAACAACUCAAAGGUGAUAAAAACAAAAUUCAAAAAUUGGUUCAAAUGGCAUGGACAUUUAUAAAUGACAGUUUGUGUACUACAUUAUCACUGCAAUGGGAACCUGAGAUCAUAGCAGUCUCAGUCAGGUACUUGGCAGGCCAUUUAUGCAAAUUUGAAAUGCAGGAAUGGACAUCAAAAGCAACAGACAAGAAAUGGUGGGAACAAUUUGUUCAAGACGUACCUGUUGGUGUUCUAGAAGACAUUUGCCAUCAGAUACUGGCUCUCUAUUCACAAGGAAACCAGCAGGCACCUCAUCAUAUUGCUCAGCAAUUGGAGCAACCAACAUCUCCUCAGCAUAGCCCUCCCAGGCAGCUUAAACAAUCACUGAUUGUUUCUCAUAAGGAAGACAACAAGGCAGCAGAACAACCAACAUCUAAAAUCCCCCUAAUUGAGACACACCCACCAAGGCUACCUGUACCUCCACCUCCAGAAUGUAAGCCAACCCUCACACCUGCCAUUUCAAUGGGUGAGGGCAAGCAGACCAGGACAGUGGAGGCUGGAGAUCUACCAAAAGUCCAGACUUCUCCUCGAAGUCAUCCUGCCCCUGUACAUCAGCCACCUCCUCUUACUCACCCCCACCCUUUGCCACCACCUUCCAGCUACAUUACUGGGAUGUUAAAUACAAAUUCCUAUAUGUCAGGAGAAGGUUAUCAAAGGAUGCAAUCCGUGAUGAAGACAGAAGGAGCAGUCUGUGGGGCUCUGCCUCCAGCAUACGGGCAACCCACUCACUUGCCAUACUAUCCUCAUAUAUAUCCUCUUAACUCUUGGCCACCUGUCUUGCCUCCCCUGGCAUCAUUUCCACUACCCAUAAUUCCCCCACUAGCCUCUGGAUAUUUCCCCCCACCAACAUACAGCCUCAACUUUCAACCUCCACAAUUGCCUCCAACUCAUUCUGUUCCUCCCUACCCUUUUCCAGGGCUUGAGAUGCCACCUGCCAGUUACCCUCCUCCAGCUGUGCCCCUAGGUGGGCAGCCUCCAGUGGCACCUCCCCUCCUCCCACCUGCUGGCAUGCCUCCUGUAAGAGGAUUGGGACAAGCAGCUUGGAUGACAAAAUAUAAAGCCUCUUCUCCCCACUAA